AUGACAAGAGUCACACUCAAGGUCCCAUUGGCAGCGCUGCUUCCUCUCGUGCCAUCUAUACUUCACCCCAAAAUCCGGUCCUCCCGUUACUUUGCUGGUAGAUCGGACAGUUUAGUAAUUCAUUCGGACGAAACACGAAAGCAGUCGCGCAAUCUUGAACUCUGUUUCGAAAAACUCCACGAUACACUUGUCGAAGCUGGAAAGGCAGCUGUGCCUGGUGAAACAUCCCUUCAGCAGCAAAAGAAGGUCCAGAAAUUGUGGGUAGCAUAUGGCAUCUUUCUUUUAGAGAUAUUAACACUUUUUUAUGAAGGCAAGACAGAGCGAAUGAAGGUAGAAUACGGCUAA